AUUACAUUUUUAGUAGACGGACUUGGGUCGACCCUCGGUUUUCUUAUCUUACCGGGUAGUGGAUGUUAACUUAUUUCAUUGUCUUAUGCGAUUAUGAGUAAGAAUCGAUGUAGGCAACGGCGCUUAUUCAAUCGAAACUUUAGACGCAUGUUGAUGAUAGGAUUUGAGGGAUGAGUGGGGUUUUAACCCUAGGCUUUUGAUAAUUAAUUUCUAGUUAUGUGAUUAUGUAAGGUGAGCAGAAAACAGCAACUCAUUUAAUUGUCUCUUCGACAUAGAAAAUACAUUACCAUUCCCAUUUACAUUCAAUUUGAAGAUUACAAGCAUUAAUACCUGUUAUAGUACAAUAUUCCAUUUUAAUAUUAACAUAGGAUUGUAUAUAAGUAAAGCAUGAAUACUGUGUGUGUGUGUGUGUGUGUGUGUGUGUGUGUGUGUGUGUGUGUGUGUGUGUGUGUGUGUGUGUGUGUGUGUGUGUGCGCGAGCGUGCGUGUGUAUGUGUGUGUAGUCAGAGUGCACGUGGUGCAGCUACACUGUGGUGUGAGAAUGUCAGCCAGCAGGAGGGCAGAAGUCUUUUCAUGUCUAUGUGCUUAUGAAAGCAACAGAGUGAGAUAUCUGCUCACUCUGGCCAUAAGGCCACACACACAUGCACACGCACAAACACACAAACACACACCUCCCCUGAAUCCCUUUGACCACUCCAUAGACCUCACACUGUAGACUGACAGGGAUUUUAAACGGAGUGUUCAAGAAACGCUGUGAACCAUGAGUGUUUCCCACGAGACCUGCCUGCUGGACCAGGUGUUGGGUCUGAUUAUAAACGAGAAGCCCUCGACCAGCGCCUCGCUCUUUCUGCACGAAGACGCCGACAGGCCCCCCCGGGCGGAGAGAGGAGGUCGCGGAGGAGGAGGAGGAGGAGUAGCAGGAGGCGUGCGGAGCCGCGUGCGCAGGGCCAUGGAGAGGAGAGGCAGCCGGCUGAAGGGGAGGAUGGGCUCCGUCACCCGGGAGGGCGUGAGGAGCUUCUUCAGGAGGAACCUCUUUGUGCUGUUCACCGUGGCCGCCGUGGCACUGGGUGUGCUGCUGGGCUUCGCCCUGCGUCCCCACAACCUGUCCCUGAGGGCCGUUAAGUACUUCUCCUUCCCCGGGGAGCUGCUGAUGAGGAUGUUACAGAUGCUGGUGUUGCCUCUCAUCAUCUCCAGUCUGGUGACAGGCAUCUCCUCUCUGGACAGCAAGGCGUCGGGGAAGAUGGGCGUGCGGGCCGUGGUCUACUACAUGGUCACCACCCUGAUCGCCGUCUUCAUCGGCAUCGUCAUGGUGAUGAUCAUCAGGCCGGGGAAGGGCAGCCGGGACAGCCUCAUGGCGGCCGGCGGGAACAUAGAGCCGGUGCAGGCUGCCGACGCCUUCCUGGACCUCAUCAGGAACAUGUUUCCACCAAACCUGGUGGAGGCCUGCUUCAAACAGUAUAAAACCAUGUACAAGAAGACGGUGAGCAUUAGGAAUGUGACUGUGGCGCUGAACCUCACUGACUCCCUCAACGUCAGCGAGUCUGCCCUCAGCGUCAACCUUAGCAGGGUCAUGCACACCAUCCAGGAGACGGUGGUGGAGAUGGUGCCGGUGUCGGGCUCCUCCAACGGCGUGAACGCCCUGGGCAUGGUGGUGUUCUCCGUCUGCCUGGGCCUGGUCAUGGGCAGCAUGAAGCAGCAGGGCCAGGCUCUCAGGGACUUCUUCGACAGCCUCAACGAAGCCAUCAUGAGGCUGGUGGCCGUCAUCAUCUGGUACGCCCCGGUGGGCAUCCUGUUCCUGAUCGCGGGGAAGAUCGUGGAGAUGAAGGACCUGGUGCAGAUGGGGGGCCAGCUGGGCAUGUACACCCUCACCGUGAUCCUGGGGCUCCUGAUCCACGGCCUGGUGGUGCUGCCCCUGCUUUACUUCCUGGUGACCCGCAAGAACCCCUUCAGCUUCAUCGGGGGCCUCCUCCAGGCCCUCAUCACGGCCCUGGGCACCUCGUCCAGCUCAGCCACCCUGCCCAUCACCUUCCGCUGUCUGGAGGAGAACAACCGCGUGGACAAGCGGGUGACGCGCUUCGUCCUCCCAGUGGGGGCCACCAUCAACAUGGACGGCACCGCCCUCUACGAGGCCGUGGCGGCCAUCUUCAUCGCCCAGGUCAACAACAUGGACCUCAACUUUGGACAGAUCCUCACCAUCAGUAUCACGGCAACCGCUGCCAGCAUCGGAGCAGCAGGCAUCCCCCAGGCUGGGCUGGUUACCAUGGUGAUUGUAUUGACUUCGGUGGGGCUGCCCACAGACGACAUCACGCUCAUCAUCGCCGUGGACUGGUUCCUGGACCGUCUGAGGACCACCACCAACGUGCUGGGCGACUCCCUGGGGGCGGGCAUCGUGGAGCACCUGUCCCGCUCCGAGCUGCUGGGCCAGGACGCCGAGCGGGGCACCUCGGUCCUGGAGGAGACCGAGAAGCCCUACCAGCUCAUCUGCCAGGAGAACGACUCGGUGAAGCUCCACAACAGCGAGACCCCCAUGUGAUCCCCCUCGCCCACGCCCAUCUGUCAGCUCCCUCUGCCGCCCCCUGCAGGAGCAGGCUGGGUACUGCAGGAGCAGGCUGGGACCGCGCGGCCGUCUCUCCCUGUGUGUGGCGGGGCGUGGUGUGGGGCGGCCAGAGACCUGGGCUCUGGAGGUAAAGUAUGUCUUUGUGUUCAUUGGCAAACUCGAAAGCCAAAGUAUGAGGUUCGUUCCCAAGGGUGAAAACUACAAAAGAUAACACUCACAAAGAAAUGUUGUUUGUUAUUUUGUGCUCUGCUUGCAGAGCUAAGUUCACAAAAUGUCCUUCUUCCAAUAACCAAAAGAUGAUGUUCUGAAUAAUUGCCCUUCCCACUCUGAAAUGUGUGGGAAAAAUUCAGGUUGUUAAAACAAAUUACUUUGAACUCUGGGAAAUUAUCUAAAAGGUUCAUGCCAGGACAGUUCAUUCAUUCAACUUGUUUGUUUGGUCUAUGUGGAAGUCCAUAAAUCUUUGUAAUUAAUGUAUUAAUGCAUGGUGUCUGUUAUUCAUAUACCUCUGCAUAAAACAUUGCAAUUAAUGUGUAUUGCGAUUGUUAUUAUUAUACCUCUGCAUAAUGCUUUGUAAUUCAUUUGUAUGGUGAUUGUUAUUCAUAUGCCCCUGCAUUAAGCUUUGUAAUUCAAUUGUACGGUGAAGUUAUUCAUAUUCCAGACAAGAUCAUUAAUAAGAGUAAUACUGGUAUUUAAUAUUUUUUCUAAAUUCUAGCACUAUACCUUAGUGCUAGUAAAUAACCAUACAACCUUCUAUUGAACAUGUGUUUCCUUCCAAUUUGGUUGAAUUUGUUGCAUGGCCUUUUAUCGAAAUAAAAUACUCAUUCAAUCAUAUUAGCAUACACUCAAGUCCACUACCUCUAAUGUGUCUCUGAUGUGCGUUUUGGCAACCUGAUACAAACCAAGACCCUUCAGCACAAUGUCACUAUUUUCUCUUAGAUAUUAUGAAUUAACUUGAUUUUAAACGAUUCUGAACCCUAUUCAGAUGCUUGUUCUUUGUCUCUGUAGUGUUUGGCAGAGUUUUCUUUACUGUAUGGCUUUGUUUUGUUUUAAUUCUGGGGUUGAGUAGUACUAUAUUUUUGGAAUAAUGUCAAAAAUCUAUUGAUUACUGAUUAUUUAUAUUGUAUUUUUUGGUUAUGUUGUUCACUGAUGUUUGAUUUGUUUUUGUUUCCAGUUCACUAUGGAAAUAGACAUUUGUUAUUUCCACCUUCUUUUUAUAUAUUUUUAAUAUCUUGAUGUUUUUAAAGAGAAAUAUUGUUUUGCUGAACUUUGAGUUCAUUUAUUCAUUUAAAGGUUGUUUUUUUUGUUUCAGUAUGUAUAUGUCACCUUAACAGUAAAUGAUUGUUGAUUAACUAUUGUAUUCCAGAGUAUGGACAGACACUUGACUUUAUACUUAUAACAGUAUUUUAAAUUGGGUUUCAAUGUUUUGACUAGGAAAAUAAAUGACAAGUGAUUGAAUGUUUUGCGAAAUGGCUACUUUGAAAAUAGUAAGAAAUUGCUUAAUGUUUUUAUUAGUUUGUGUUAAGAUCAUAUAAAAAAAAAAUGCAUUAUAGUGUGGAAACUAGAAUUGAAAGGCUAAAUGUCAAAAGUAAGAAAGUAUAAUCCUUGUUUCUAAGUAGGAGAAUUUUGUUUUUGAGGCUGGAUAUUAAAAUAUGUUAUUACUUUUUAAAUACUCUAUUUUGCUGGGCAUCUUAAAUGUAUUUGCUUUGAUGUAACUAAUAAAGGUCUCAGGAAUGGACAUA